UUCUGGAGCUGCUAAAUGUGUCACAGGGCCAAAAGAACUCACCUGACAUUCUUGGACAAUCCCAGCUGGAGAGGACUAGCUUCUAAUAUUUCAUUCUUAAGAGGAGGAAAAAAGGGAGAAAACUCUUUGGUUAAGGAGUUGCUACAAGAAAAAUGUGAACUAAAGGAAGAACAUGCAGUAAUUUGGAAAGAGAACAGGAUUCAUCCUGUUGGUGGAGGAAAAAAAAACCCCUUAUAACUAUACAUCAACUCCAUAUACAAGUCCAGAUGAAGGAUCCAAACUGAAAGGGAAUAAACAGGACUUAAAAAAAAUAAUAAUAAAGAGGCCAAGGGCCAAAUGGGAGUAAAGGGGCGUUUCAGGAAAAGGAAAGAACACUGAAAGGCCUGGUCCUACGAAAGUGGAGGCUCUAAAGGGGACUACACUGCAGAGAAGAAGUCUCUCUUCACAGUUCAGCCUUGCAAGAGACCCUGGGUGGAAAGGCUUUUACCAUGGAUCUUUGGUGUUUCCCAGAGAAUGUUCCGUUUGCUUACAAUUGCUCCUUGAGCAAUACCACCCUGGAAAACCAGACUUCACAAGCCAACCAAACUUUCAUCAUGAAACGGAAUGAAGACAUUGCCAAGGUAGAGGUGGCAGUCCUGUGCCUCAUCUUUUUCCUUGCCCUGACGGGAAACUUAUGUGUACUGCUGGCUAUCUACACAACCCGUCACAAACAUUCUCGCAUGUACUACUUUAUGAAGCAUCUGAGCAUCGCUGACUUGGUUGUGGCCAUCUUCCAGGUCUUACCCCAGCUCAUUUGGGACAUCACCUUCAGGUUCAAAGGGCCAGAUUAUCUCUGCAGGUUGAUCAAAUAUCUGCAAGUGGUGGGAAUGUUUGCUUCCACUUACAUGCUCUUGUUGAUGUCGCUGGAUCGGUGUUUGGCCAUCUGUCAACCCUUGAGGUCUUUACAUCGGAGGUCUGACCGGUUGUCUGUCCUCCUCACAUGGGUAGUGUGCCUCCUGUUCAGCAUCCCGCAGCUCCAGAUAUUUUCUAUGAGGAAUGUGACACAUGGGGGGAAGGAUUGCUGGGCAACAUUCAUUCUGCCUUGGGGUCCUAAAGCCUAUGUCACCUGGAUGACCUUGACUGUCUACAUCAUCCCAGUGAUUGUGCUGAGUGUCUGCUAUGGCUUGAUCAGCUUCAAAAUUUGGCAAAAUGUGAAGCUAAAAACCAUCCAUGAAACAAGCAUGAGUCUAACCUCUAGUAAUUCCCAUGGAGGCACACUCUCCAGGGUGAGCAGUAUCAAACUCAUUUCCAAAGCCAAGAUCCGGACAGUCAAAAUGACCUUCAUUAUUGUCUUAGCCUUCAUUAUGUGCUGGACUCCUUUUUUUAUUGUGCAGAUGUGGCUUGUAUGGGAUGAAAAUGCUCCAAAAGAAGAGCUGCCGUUCAUAAUCACCACACUCCUAGCAAGUCUGAACAGCUGUUGUAACCCCUGGAUCUACAUGCUUUUCACAGGCCAUCUUUUCCAUGACCUCUUGCACCGGUUCCUUUGUUGUUCUUCACGGUACUUAAAAGCUCGGCAAGGAUGUGAUCUGAGCGUCAGCAAGAAAAGCAACUCAUCCACAUUUGUUCUGAGUCUCAAAAGCUCCAGUCAAAGGAGUUUUACCCAGCCAUCUACUGCAUGAGCUACAGAGAUCCAGCUGUCUACAGACUGUACUAAAAUGUUUGGCUAGGAUGGCUUUGGUGUAUAUCUACUUAAGAAAAUGAGGCAAAGCUAUAUGGGUGCAUGUGAGUCUGGGCAUAAAUACGUAAUAUACUGUAUGUGUAAAAAUGAGUAUAUGUACAUGUGCAGGGUAAAUGUUUAUUGAUACACAAGGUAAUAGAAAGCUGGCUAUAGUCUAAGUCAUGAUAAGUAAUUUGGAACCUUCAAGAUGUUUGAAGUUCUACUCCUGUCUGGCCCAGGCAAAUUAGUAAUUCAAAAUAUUUGGAGAGCACUAGGUUUUCUACCUUUAAGCUAAAUUAUAGUUCCCAUCCAAGGUUCUACCAUUAUGUUUAUUAAAGUGAUGGGUUCCACAGAUUAACAAAGCCUACAAACUGAGCAACAGACUACACUUACAAAGAACAGGAAUAAGAGGAAAAGACUGUCUCCUAUUGUAAAGGCAGUGGAGCAUAGGUCAAAUGAAUAUGGUGGAACCUUCUGAGCCAAACUACACAUAGAGCAGAAUAACACUGUCAGUUUUUCUUGGACUGACCAUUCAAACCACAACGAGCAAUUCAAAUCUUUAUACACCCAUCAUUACAUGAACUUGCAGUUAUGUUAUGACUAGUCAUGGAGAAAGAUUAGGGGAGCCCAACAUAAUACCAAAAACUAUAUUUGAGGAGGAAGCAAUAACUUCUGAAACUAAAAUGGACUUUUACAGAUAUUCCAUUUUUUCUAGUGGCAUCAUUCAAAUUUUUUACCAACGUUCCAUUGUGAAAGAUCAGCUCCUCAAGAUUGUCAGUAUAACUUUGUGCUGUCACUCAUCAACUGUUGGCAAAUAUAAUACAGCAGAGUUUAUAGAGAAUGCAGACAGUGUCUUUGUGAGAAGAACACCAGCUAGCCCAUCUUUACUGAGCACUCUUGCAGAACCUAGUCAGAAGGGGAACGUUGGGAGGCAGCUUUAAGGUACACUUUCAAUUUUCAGUAGACAACAAUGACACCUAUCACUGCCCUUGUCAACAGCUGAUAUAUUCUACAGCAUGACCCAGAAUCCCUUUAACUUGCAGAAAACACUCUGUGUUUUUUGAUGUGAUAAACAAUAUUCCUACAAGUGACCAGUGAUCAGUACUUUCUGCUAUUAAACACCAUUGCAUGUCAGUCAUCAACUGUUACCGCAGAAGGUAUCAAAUGUUUAGCCCAGACAAAAGGAAAAUUAAGAGUAGAUAGUAUAGAAAACUGUCAAAGAUCUCAACAGCUAUCACAUAGAACAUGGAGCAGAUUUAUAUUCAGUAGUUCAAAAAGUCAGGACUACCAAAAAUGGGUGGGGAUGGGAGAGAAACCAUUUUUGGCUAAACAUCAAGAAAAACUUCCUAAUGUUAUGACAGGGGAAUUAAUUAUCUCUGGAGAUGUUGAGCACUGAAAUACUUCAAUUAUCUCUGGAAGUAUUUAAGCAGAGAGGCUCCAGAUGUAUUCUCCUUUGAACAGUAAUGUAUGUAGAUGAUUUUGGGGGUUCCUUGCAGCUCUAAUAUACUAUGAUUCUACAAAUUAUUGAAGUGAGGUAUUACUCAAUUUUUAAUACAGGCAUCAGACAAUGUUUAGAGACUAUCUGAGCAUCCAUCAAAAUCUGAAAAUUGAAAUUAAAUGUUAUUCUAGAAGUUUUCCAUUUGCUACCUAAUAUAAUUCAACUCUGGAGAAUCUGCACCUUUGAUUCUACUGCAUGUAUUAUUGACUAAAACUUUUCACGUCUGCGAAUGAAUCUGAGGAUGUUUUAGCUGCAUUGCACCAGAUUUUGCUUUUCAAUUGUAAAUGAGCCAAAGGGAUGGUAUAUGGGAGACUUUUAAAAAUUAUUAUGUUGACAAUACUAUAUUAAGUGUAGUAGUCCUUGUUUAAUGAUGGCUGUUGGGAUUGGAAUUGCCAUUGCUAAGCAAUGUGAUCAUAAAGCGCAAAGUGAUGUAGUGACAGCAGCUCCGGCAGUCCCAGCUGCCGUUGUUAAGUGACAACUACACGGGUUGUUAAGCAAGGACCUCAUGUGACCGUGACUUCCAAUUUCCUGCCGGCUUCCCCACUGACUUUGUUUAUGGGAAGUCGGAAGAGUACGUUGGAAAUCGCAAUCAUGUGAUUCUGGCUUACUGCGAUGUCAUAAUUGCAAGAAGGAUGCCAAGUGCCUAGAUCAUAACCACAUGACUGCAUGGACAUUGUGAUGGCUGGAACUCUGAGGACUGGUUAUAACUACCACUUGGUCAGCACCAUUGUAAGUUUGAACAUUCACUGAAGAAGUGGUCAUUAAAUGAGGACCACCUGUAUUGCCUAAUGGAGGGUCUCAGCAGCAGUUCAGAAUAGAUCAGGAUCCUGUCCAGUGAGCCCCAGUUCCCAACAGCCAUAGCAGGCAUGAUGUGGAAUGCUAGAAGCUAAGGGUCACAUGCUCUCAGCAUGUCUAAGCCCUUGUAACAGCUGAUUUACUUAAGGACGUGAAUUGGACCAGUUGGGUGAUAGAUCUAUUGCCUUCUUCAGGAGUUGCUUCAGUGAGACUUUUGCAUUUUUUAGAAUUAUUCAGGAAAAGCUACAUAUUUAAUACAAGUAAUCCCAUUUACUAUGACUAAUAGCAGUAAAUAAUAGACCUCUGUCCUUUUUGUACAGUAUAUACCCACACAGUUAAGGAAAACCCUGGAAAAUAUUCUGAAAUUCAGAAUUUGGUCAGUUGAUUUUAAUGAGGAAAAAUUUUGCAAACUGAAGGCUGUGGGAUGGACCUGAGAAACACGAGCAGAAAGAAGCUAGCAGAAAGGCAUUUGCCACCACAGAAUCCAUGUAGCAUCAUGAUUGAGGAUUUGAAAUAGGAAUGGGGACACCUGGUUCAAAUCCACCCUCUGAUACAAAUGCACCCAAAUGGGUGAUUUGGAGCCAGUCAUUUUCUCAGCCUUAUUUUUGUUCCCAACAUCCCUUUUAUGGCUGGAGGGGAUGGUGUGUGUGAGUGGAACUGCGGUGGGAAGGGAGAUUGUCCUACUUCAGGCAGAGGCAGAGUUUCAUCCCAUUUCAUGCUUCUCCUACCCUUCAGAGAAGUUAUUAGUCAAUGAAGGAAGAGACAGUGAGAAGAGGAGGUGCAACCUUACCUUUUGCAACCUUCCUUUUGCUCAAAGUUCUCAGGAACCAAUCCCUUGUCUAAAAAAAUCAUGUUCACUGACUUUACUGUAGAAAACUUUGAUUAAUACUAUGUGGCUAUACGUUCCUUGCUGUUUAAUUCACGCAGGUAUUUUUUUCUGGAAAAAAAAAUAUUUGAAAAAAACUAUGUAUUUGAUUAAAUAGUUAUCUUCUAUUUUAAAGAGAGACAAUCACAAAUAAAAGAAGCAAAUAGGUCCCAGGGGAAAAGGAAACUAAACUGUAUUACACAUGAAAAGUAAAUAUAAAUAUAAACUGUAAAUAAAUGUAAAAUUAU